AUGGAUUCUAUCACAGAYACAGGACCAGAGACUGUUGAUUCGUCCUCAUGGCCGCAUAACUCUAAUCCAUUAGCAGAAAUAUUAACAGAGAUAAACCAGAAUGUUCAAAGAAUGCUAAGAUUGAUCAAAGACAACGAACCCGAGUCAACAGAGAAAUUUCUUUGCUUAUAUCAGUCUCUCGGUGCGCGUUACAACGAUUUGAACCAGGAACUGCUCAAUGGCCUUCUCAAACUGUCAUGUUCAGACCACAACAAUGCCUCUUCCCUUGUAACUCCAAUGGCGCAUUCGAGCUCGUUUAAGCCCGGUAAUUCUCCUUCUCACGAGUUAGAUUUGGAGUCAGGAGCCUUUAAGUCCUCUCUUAAACACCAUCUGGUUUCACCAGGGAGGAAAACGAGUAGCGAAAUGGUGCGGGGUUUGAAACCAAAUUGUGAGGUUGAGAAGAACCAGUCUGCUUUUUUACUUGCUGAUAUCUUUCGUGCCGAGCUUGAAACUGCGCUAAAAGAAUUAGAAGCAAGUAAGGUAGACAUUGAAACCGAGAAAAGACAAGUUGUCGACUUAGAGAGUAAGCUAUUAGAUUCAAGUCGCAAGAUUGAGAUUCUAGAAAGCGAGCUCGACGUGACUACAGAGCUUUUACAAGUGUCAGAAGCUGAGGUUUCAAAACUGACGGAAAUGCGGAGUGAUUGCAAGACCAAGAUAGCGAAACUGGAGACCGAUUAUACUUCUGAUUUGUUAGAUAGCCUAAGAGCAGAGUUGAGAUCUAGAGAAAUCCAAAUCGAGCAAAUGGAAGAGUAUUUGAACCAGGUGUGUGUUAAAGACACUGAGAUUAUAUCUGAAUCAAGAACCGACAAGAACGUCGAUGAAGAAGAAGAAGAACUAAGAGCUAGAGUUGAAGAGCUGGAGAAACAAGUUGAGUUGCAGAGAGAUGUGAUAUCAGAAAGAGAGGAAGACAAAAGAGAAGCUAUAAGACAGCUCUGUUUCUCUCUAGAUCAUUACAAGAGCAAAUAUAUAGAACUUGUAAGAUCACUUUCAGGCAAUAACAAUUAA